UGGAAUUCGAAGGAAGUCGAAUUCCCCAAAAAGCGAAAACAGCGAGCGAGAAAGGGCUGGAAAAUUCAAUGCGCUUCGCUUGGAUUCGAGGGUUCGGAGACGAUGAUCGAGCUCUGCUUCUUUGAUUCUCUGCGUGCGCGGUUACUCUGAUUUGAUUUCUCAUGGCGAAACGUGUCCAUGAAGUCUGGAAAGGAAGCAAUAAGUUCAUCUUUGGUGGUAGGCUAAUAUUUGGACCUGAUGCUAUAUCGCUUCCAUUCACCAUCUCACUUAUAGUUGUUCCCAUGGUCAUCUUUUGUGUGUUUGUCGCAAGACAUCUACGCCACAAGUUUGCUUCAUAUGAUGCAGGAUAUGCUAUUUUGGUGGUUGCAAUAGCGUUUACAAUCUAUGUGCUGGUACUGUUGUUGCUGACUUCUGGUCGAGAUCCUGGUAUUGUACCGCGUGCUUCACAUCCCCCAGAGGAAGAGUUCUCUUAUGAUACUUCAGUUGCCACGGAGCCAGGAGGAAGACAAACACCAAGCUUGCAGUUUCCUAGGAGCAAAGAAGUUAUAGUCAAUGGUCAGCCUGUCAAAGUAAAAUAUUGUGAUACCUGCAUGGUCUAUCGACCUCCUCGCUGUUCUCAUUGUUCUAUUUGUGAUAAUUGUGUGGAGCGCUUUGAUCAUCACUGCCCAUAUGUUGGCCAGUGCAUUGGACAGCGGAACUAUCGCUACUUUCUCUUGUUUGUAUCCUCAGCAACUCUUCUUUGCAUCUAUGUCUUCGCAAUGUCUGCAUGGUACAUCAAAUUUCUCAUGGAUGAGGAUUAUCCAACAGUAUGGAAAGCAAUGAGACAUUCUCCAGCGUCAGUGGCUCUCAUGAUAUACUGUUUUAUCACAUUGUGGUUUGUUGGUGGCCUAACUGGAUUUCAUUUGUAUCUGAUCACCUCCAACCAGACAACAUAUGAGAACCUCCGCUAUAAACUUGACAAUAGACCUAACCCCUAUGAUCGAGGUUGCAUGCAUAACUUCCGUGAGGUUUUCUGCACAAAAAUAAAACCUUCAAGGAAUAACUUCCGAGCAUAUGUACAAGAGGAGGUAACUCGACCACAAUCCAUUAGCCGUUCCAGGGAGAUAGAACAUGAAUCUGAUAGCAAUCCAAGAUCAAAAGUAGAAGACGAUCUUGAGCUCGGUGGAGAUUUAUUGAGGAUAUCCCAGCGCCGAAAUUUCGUAUCUGUUGAUGAGCAAAUUGUUGGCAAUAGCAGCCGUGGAAUGCAAAGUGUCAUUUCUGAGUCUGACCUAAUUCCGGUUUCAGACGCACAUAUUUCAAGCCGAGGUAGAAGUUCCAACUGGGAGAUCUCUUCCGACGUUCUCUCCACAAGUGCUAUAGUAAACGAAAGCUCAGUUGCAACACGGAAAGAAUCACAAUAGGUACGCAAACCUCAUUUUGAUACCAUCCCUCGAAAUGCAAAGCAGAGAAUAGCUAGACCAUGAAGAGCUAUCAUAUAUAUGCAUUUUCUCCGACGAUGAGCAUCUCAUCGCACUAGCUCUGUAUUUGGUGUCUAGUGAAAAGCACAACUUCCUGCACAAUUCUUUCUGUAAAGCACAACUAAUGACCAGAAUACAUACAAUCCAUGAUUGUUUGUUGAAGCUUUGUCAAAUUAGUUGUACUUUUACUUCAUCAGUAAAACCUUUUUGCUGUUA